AUGUCGCCCCCGGUUCGCACUCCCACACAGGCGAUCCACAUUGAGCCUCUGCUCCCUCACCCUCUGCUCCCUCACCCUCUGCUCCCUAAUCCUCUUCUCCCUAAUCCUCUGCUCCCAAACCCUCUACUCCCUCACCCUCUGCUCACUAACCCUCUGCUCCCUAAUCCUCUGCUCACUAACCCUCUGCACCCUCUGCUCCCUAACCCUCUGCUCCUUAACCCUCUGCUCCCUAACCCUCUGCUCCCUAACCCUCUGCUCACUAACCCUCUGCACCCUCUGCUCCCUAACCCUCUGCUCCCUAACCCUCUGCUCCUCCCUAACCCUCUGCUCCCUAACCCUCUGCUCCCUAAUCCUCUGCUCCCUAAUCCUCUGCUCCUUAACCCUCUGCUCCCUAACCCUCUGCACCCUCUGCUCCCUAACCUUCUGCUCACUAACCCUCUGCUCCCUAACCCUCUGCUCACUAACCCUCUGCUCCCUAACUCUCUGCUCCCUCACCCUCUGCUCCCUAACCCUCUGCUCCCUAAUCCUCUGCUCCCUCACCCUUUGCUCCCUAACCCUCUGCUCCCUAACCCUCUGCUCCCUAACUCUCUGCUCCCUCACCCUCUGCUCCCUAACCCUCUGCUCCCUAAUCCUCUGCUCCCUCACCCUCUGCUCCCUAACCCUCUGCUCCCUAAUCCUCUGCUCCCUAACCCUCUGCACCCUCUGCUCCCUAACCUUCUGCUCACUAACCCUCUGCUCCCUAACCCUCUGCUCACUAACCCUCUGCACCCUCUGCUCCCUAACCCUCUGCUCCCUAACUCUCUGCUCCCUCACCCUCUGCUCCCUAACCCUCUGCUCCCUAAUCCUCUGCUCCCUCACCCUCUGCUCCCUAACCCUCUGCUCCCUAAUCCUCUGCUCCCAAACCCUCUGCUCCCUAACCCUCUGCUCCCUAACCCUCUGCCCCCUCACCCUCUGCUCCCAAAACCUCUGCUCUCUCACCCUCUGCCCCCUCACCCUCUGCCCCCUCACCCUCUGCUCCCUAACCCUCUGCUCCCUAACCCUCUGCUCCCUAACCCUCUGCUCACUCACCCUCUGCUCCCUAACCCUCUGCUCCCUAACCCUCUGCUCCCUAACCCUCUGCUCACUAACCCUCUGCUCCCAAACCCUCUGCUCCCUCACCCUCUGCCCCCUCACCCUCUGCUCCCAAACCCUCUGCUCCCUCACCCUCUGCUCCCUAACCCUCUGCUCACUAACCCUCUGCACCCUCUGCUCCCUAACCCUCUGCUCCCUCACCCUCUGCUCCCUAACCCUCUGCUCCCUCACCCUCUGCUCCCUAACCCUCUGCUCCCUAACCCUCUGCUCCCUAACCCUCCCUCUCAUUGA